GUGCUUUUUAUUUUAUUUUAUUCUUAUUUUCUUUUUUGUGUGACAUGAAAUUGAUGGAUAUCAAUGGGAGAAUUUAUGCAGGGGCGAGAUUCCCGUUACAUCUCUUUUUGUUGUUGUCUUAAUCAUCUUCAUCUUCAGUCCUCUUCUUUCUUUUUCUUUCCCUUCUUUCCUUCCUUCCUUUCUUCUUUCUUUAUUCUUCAUCAUGACAGUUGAGCUCAACAAUGACAAGCCAUUGCCGUCUCUCGAUGGUCUGCAACACUAUUACAUCCCCUUGGAAAAAGAGGAAUGGAAACUGGAUACACUUCAGGAUCUGUUUGAAAGUGUCGUGAUGACCUAUGUAAUCCUAUACUGUAACACAAUUGAGAGUGCGAAGCAAGUUCAGGAAAAAUUACAAGGCGGCAUGAACGUCGAUACAGGAAUAGUGUACGCUGGAAUGGAUCAAGAUGAACGUCAAAAUGUUUUGAGCGAUUUCCGAAAUGGGAUGCAUCGAGUCCUGGUUGUGGUAGACUUGCCCAGAUCCAGUGUGGAGGUUGUAGCACAGAUCGGAGUAUAUAUUAAUUAUGAUCUGCCAGUUAUUCCAGCAGACUAUGCACAUCGAGUUGGAUCGAGCGACAGCCGGUUUGGACGUCGAGGCGCUGUGUUCAACUUUGUGGUCACAGAGGGAGAACAUGCGCAAUUGAAAGACAUAAGAGAGUUGGAAGUGUAUUAUUCAGCUGAGAUUACAGAAAUGCCCAUGAACAUUACAGAGUUAGUAUAAAAAAAAAA